AUGGCGAUCGGAGCGUGGGUCCUGCGGGCGGUCGCGGGCGACCGGCGACCUAAAACGGGCCCAGGCGCCUUCCUGACCCUGCCGGCGGACGCCAAAAACAGCCACCUCAACCGCACCUGGGAAAGCGCCUCCAGAAGGCUGCUCCCCGUGCUGACGCCCCCAGGGGGUCGCGACCCGAAGUGGGGUGCGGGCGGCCGCGGCUCCAAAUGCGCGGCGGCCCCGAGCCAUCUGUUGCUGGACUACGACGGGUCGGUGCUGCCCUUCCUCGGGGGCCUGGGCGGGGGCUUCCAGCGGACCCUCGUGCUGCUCACCUGGAUCCCCGCGCUGUUCAUCGGCUUCAGCCAGUUCUCGGACUCCUUCCUCCUGGACCAGCCCAACUUCUGGUGCCGCGGGGCCGGCAAAGGCUCCGAGCUGGCGGGGGUCACCGCCACCGGCCGCUGGAGCGCCGGCGACUUGGCCAACUGGACCAGCCCCCCGCCCGCCCCCUUCUCCACUGCCGCCUGGGGCGCCGCGGGCAACCUGAGCAACAGCAGCGAAGGGUACGGGGGCGACACGCCACCCCUGCCGUCCCCGCCGGACCAGGAGGACAACGCCUCCAGCUGUGACUGCCACGCGUGGGACUACGGCAUCCGCACAGGCCUCGUCCAAAACGUGGUCACCAAGUGGGAUCUCGUGUGUGACAAUGCCUGGAAGGUCCACAUCGCUAAGUUCUCCUUACUGGUCGGAUUAAUCUUUGGCUACCUAAUUACUGGAUGCAUUGCUGACUGGGUCGGCCGGAGGCCUGUGCUGCUCUUCUCCAUCAUCUUCAUUCUGAUCUUCGGACUAACUGUGGCCCUGUCGGUGAAUGUGACCAUGUUCAGCACACUCAGGUUCUUCGAAGGAUUUUGCCUGGCUGGAAUCAUUCUCACCCUCUACGCAUUACGAAUAGAACUGUGUCCCCCGGGAAAACGGUUCAUGAUCACGAUGGUGGCGAGCUUCGUGGCCAUGGCGGGCCAAUUCCUCAUGCCUGGGCUGGCCGCCCUGUGCCGAGACUGGCAGGUGCUGCAGGCCCUCAUCAUCUGCCCCUUCCUGCUCAUGCUGCUCUAUUGGUCGAUCUUCCCCGAGUCCCUGCGCUGGCUGAUGGCGACCCACCAGUUUGAGCCGGCCAAGAAGCUGAUCCUCCACUUCACCAAGAAGAACUGCAUGGACCCAGAGAGCGACAUCAAAGGCGUCCUGCCAGAGCUGGAGAAGGAGCUAUCACGGAGGCCCAAGAAGGUCUGCAUCGUGAAGAUGGUGGGUACCCGGAACCUGUGGAAGAACAUCGUGGUCCUGUGUGUGAACUCGCUGACGGGCUAUGGCAUCCACCACUGCUUCGCCCGGAGCAUGAUGGGCCACGAGGUGAAGGUGCCGCUGCUGGAGAACUUCUACGCCGAUUACUACACCGUGGCCAGCAUCGCCCUGGCGUCCUGCCUGGCCAUGUGCGUGGUGGUCCGCUUCCUGGGCCGCAGGGGGGGCCUGCUGCUCUUCAUGAUCCUCACGGCUCUGGCCUCCCUCCUGCAACUGGGGCUCCUCAACUUGAUCGGGAAAUACAGCCAGCACCCAGACUCAGGCAUGAGCGACAGCGUCAAGGACAAGUUCUCCAUCACGUUCUCCAUCGUGGGCAUGUUCGCCUCCCACGCGGUGGGCAGCCUCAGCGUGUUCUUCUGCGCAGAGAUCACCCCCACCGUCAUCAGGUGCGUAGGGGCACCCCCGGGGCCAGGAGGGAGCAGCCGGCCGAGGCUCCGCCCGGCCUUCAGAAUGGGGUGCGGCCUGCGUGAGGGCCCAGCCAGGGGGCCGCGCCCUGGCCUGGGAGCUGAGGGCUUCGGCAUGCUGACGGCGCCCAUCAUCGAGCUGCACAACCAGAAGGGCUACUUCCUGCACCACAUCAUCUUCGCCUGCUGCACGCUCAUCUGCAUCAUCUGCAUCCUCCUGCUGCCCGAGAGCCGCGACCAGAACCUGCCCGAGAACAUCUCCAACGGGGAGCACUACACGCGGCAGCCGCUGCUGCCCCACAGGAAGGGGGAGCAGCCGCUGCUGCUCACCAACGCCGAGCUCAAGGACUACUCGGGCCUGCACGACUCGGCCGCCGCGGGGGACGGGAUGCCCGAGGGCGCCACGGCCAACGGCAUGAAGGCCAUGUAGCUGCGGGCCAGGGGUGCCGGGGCCUUCCGGCGGGGCGGGGCGGGGCGGGCCCGUCUGUGGAGACGCUGCGGGGCGCGCUGGGGCGCAGUCUCUGGGACUAGCCCUCCGCGGACCGGACGUCUUCUCCGCCAUUCGAUGUUUGUAUUUAUUUUGGUCAUUUUUACGAGAAGCACUUUACUCCCUUUUCCUCUCACGGAUUUCGGCACGGAAGCACCGAGGAAGGAGCGCGGGCACCGGGGGAGAGGACGCCGCGCCCCUCCCUGCCCG